AUGUCCAGCACGCCACCUAAUAAUCGGAAUGGUGCGCAAAAAAUCAGAUUAACAAUUCUAUGUGCGAGGAAUUUAGUGAGGAAGGAUUUAUUCCGGCUUCCGGAUCCUUUCGCAAAGAUAUCAGUAGACGGUAGCGGGCAAAGUCAUUCAACUGAGCCGGUCAAAAAUACUUUAGACCCCAAAUGGAAUUCCCAUUACGAUUUGUACAUUAGCAAGAACGAUAAUAUCACAAUAUCGAUAUGGAACCACAGGAAAGUACACAAGAAACAAGGCAGCGGUUUUUUGGGUUGCGUUCGUAUCGUCAAUAAUCUUAUACAAAGGCUCAAAGACACCGGAUAUCAAUGCUUGGAUUUGGGCAAAGCUAACGCCGAAGAUGAACCGGUUAAAGGUCAAAUAAUCGUAUCUUUACUAUCGAGAGACGGCCCUUGCGGGGGCACUCCUUUAGCCAUCGUCGGCCCUUUAGGGGAUUUAAGAGGACCAGCGGAUCUCGAAAACUUAAACGCACCCGCGGAAUUGCCCACGGGCUGGGAGGAACGGAGAACCCCGAACGGUCGCCCGUACUACGUUAAUCACAUCACGAAAUCCACCCAAUGGGUUCGACCUCUAACCAACAACAAACCCAAACCCAACAGAACCAGAGUGAACAACAACAACGCGCAUUUCAACCCCGAUAACAACAACGAAGAAGCCACCAGGAACGUAGAACCGGUCAAUAAUAACGUACCGUCGACGCCGGAAACAUCACAACCACCCGCAACUCCCUGUUCGAGCACUUCGAUAAUCAAUUCGCAAGCCGAAAGGUUGUCGCCGAUGCAAGUCGCACCGACGGUUUCCGCCCAACAGUAUUCCGACCAACGGUUCCCGAUAUCUUAUCCGACCUCGACGGCCGUGGUUCCGGCCCCGAACAACAUCAGCUGUAACGUUCCGGUAGCCGUAACGAACAAGGCCGCCCCCGCUUUGGUGGGCAGCCCCCAACAGAGGGUAUCGACGAGAGAGAGGCGCCCGAGGCCCGGCAACGAGGACCGAAGGGAGGGCAGCAGCCGAAGGAGGCAGGGAAGGAACAGGAAUUCGGCGAACGGAGGACCGUCCGGUUCGAAUGGUUUAAUAGACGGCGCCAUGAUGGAUUUACCGCCUGGUUACGGUGAGUUUGUCGGGUGUAAUCGGUCGAUGUGUGAGCGGUUUGUUUUGGUAGAAUUGAGGACGACUCAACAAGGACAAGUGUAUUUUUUCCACAUACCUACGGGGGUGUCGACUUGGCACGAUCCGAGGAUACCUAAGGAUUUGACCAGCUUGGAUUUGGAUAAUUUGGGGCCGCUACCGCCCGGUUGGGAAAUGAGACAGACCAGUUCCGGACGGAUAUACUUCGUGGAUCACAACAAACGAACAACCCAAUUCACCGAUCCCCGAUUGAACUCCCAAAUACUGAACAACAUACUCAGAAGGAACGGACACAACGAAGCGAACAAUCAAAUUACAACUAGCAAUGUCGCGCCGAGCACCGCAAGUGCUACCGAGGCGGACGGUCAAGCCUCUUCGCACCAUUCGAAUCCCGAUCCGGUGAGGGUGCGCACGGAGCGCGUCCGCAACGAAGACCUGCCGCCCAGCCUGCUCAACGAGUCCGAGCAUCUGCCGAAAUACAGACGGGAUCUCGUCGCCAAAUUGAAAGUACUCAGGGCCGAGUUGAAUUCGUUGCAACCGCAGAGCGGCCAUUGUCGCUUGGAGGUGUCCCGGAGCGAGAUAUUCGAAGAGAGUUAUAGACUUAUAAUGAAAAUGCGUCCGAAAGACAUGCGAAAAAGACUAAUGGUGAAAUUCCGCGGCGAAGAGGGCCUCGAUUACGGCGGCGUGGCGCGAGAAUGGUUGCAUUUGCUGUCGCGCGAGAUGCUCAAUCCGCAAUACGGCCUCUUCCAAUACAGCAGGGACAAUCACUACACGUUGCAGAUCAAUCCCGAUUCCUCGAUCAAUCCCGAACACCUGUCGUAUUUCCAUUUCGUCGGAAGAAUACUGGGCAUAGCGGUGUUCCACAAUCACCAAUUGGAAGGCGGCUUUACGUUGCCCUUCUACAAGCAGCUGUUGAACAAACAGAUUAUCCUGCAGGACAUCGAAGGAGUCGAUCCCGAAUUGCACAGAAGUCUCACCUGGAUGUUGGAAAACAACAUCAACGGUGUGCUCGAUACGACGUUUUCCGUCGAAAACAACAGCUUCGGAAUGGUGAAAGUGCACGAAUUGAAACCGGGCGGAGCCGCCAUCGCCGUAACGGAAGAGAACAAACGGGAAUACGUUAAAUUGUACGUAAACUAUCGCUUUAUGCGCGGCAUCGAACAACAAUUUCUCGCCCUGCAAAAGGGCUUCUCCGAAUUGAUUCCUUCCACGUCGCUCAGACCGUUCGACGAAAGAGAAUUGGAACUCGUCAUCAGCGGUAUCGGUUCCAUCGAUAUAGCCGAUUGGCGUUCGCACACGAGAUUGAAGCAUUGCACGCCCGAAACGGCGGUGGUGCAAUGGUUCUGGCAGGCGGUGGAGUCCUAUUCGGAGGAGAUGCGGGCGCGUCUGUUGCAAUUCGUGACGGGCAGUUCGCGGGUGCCUUUGCAGGGUUUCAAGGCGUUGCAGGGCAGCACGGGGGCGGCGGGGCCGCGGUUGUUUACCAUCCAUUGCGUGGACGUGUCGCCGCAGAAUUUGCCCAAGGCCCAUACGUGUUUCAACAGGAUCGACGUGCCGCCGUACGAAACCUAUCAGGUGCUGUUGGAGAAGCUGACGCAGGCUGUCGAGGAGACUUGCGGUUUCGCCGUCGAGUGA